GCACGCUCGCGCAGUGAGCAUUUUAUUGUUAUUCCAUAGACAUCUCGAGAUAAAUCUAUUUGUAUCGGUCACGUACAUGAUUACCGCGACUGGCCACGAACUUGGAGAGAAAAGACAUUUCAAGCAGGCAAUGAAUGGCCUCCUGUCGAUGGACCUCAAGUCGGAACUAAGUCUAAAGCCAAGGAGGCAUGCAGUCAUGCGAUAGGAACCUCAUCAUUGUGGCCUUUCUCUGCUUGUUUGCAGCGACAGCGAGGGCGUUCGAGUGUCGAGACGGUUCACAGGGAGAGGAAGACUGUGCUCUGAAUGGUUUCUGUCACAGCACUCGAUGUGUAUGCGAUCCGGGAUGGACUGGAGAGCGUUGCAACUUUCUGGACUUGCUAGCUCCGAAUCGCAGCGAGCCUCAUGGCUAUUACAACGGAACCAUGCCCACUUGGGGCGGAGACGUUAUCUUCGAGAAUGGCCUGUAUCAUCUGUUUGUAACUGCGAAAGGUUACACCCAGCCACCACUGGACCAAUCGGAUAACUACGAGUGUAACACGGCUAUUGUGAGGCUUGAGGGACCAGGACCCGCAGGUCCGUACAAAUUUGCCCAGGUCGCCCUGCCCGUGUACCACCACGAAGCCCACGCCAUUCGCGCCCCGGACGGAACGCUGCUGAUCUACAUGAUCAAGUUCGACGGUGGUGACCUGCCCCCGCAGCUGAGCAACGAGACUUGCCUGGCUCCAGGUUGCCAUGUCUACAACUUCAGCCACCAAGCGACGGCAAUGGCGUGGAGUGACAGCGUGUACGGGCCGUGGCGGGAGAAAGUCGUGCUCAACCCGUGGCCAGGCCCGGCAGAUCGCUACUCGUGGCUGUGUCAGACAAACUGUCCCAGCGUUGCGUUCGCGCAGAACGGCUCAGUUGUCAUGGCGCUCCGCGCCGUCCAAUGCAAUCAGCCACCGGACAGGGCAAACUGGACGUACGAGAAGAUUGCCAUAGCAACAGCGCCACACUGGACAGGGCCGUACACGAUUGUCUCCAAGGAGCCAAUAUUCGGGUACGAGGUCCCAGCCGACUGGCCGCCAGAGCUCGUCACCCCGGGUCAGCCGAUGCGCAACGAAGACCCGUUCAUCUGGAGAACUCACCGUGGCUACCACAUGCUAGUUCAUAGCCAGCUGCUGCCGCACAGCCGGUCCCGGGGCGCGUACGCGUUUAGUCGCGACGGUCUCGAUUGGACGUUGUUACCGGAGUUCAGCUGGCAAGUAAACAUGACGUGGGCAGACGGGGAUGUCAGCUUCUUCCAGCGACGCCAGGCGCCGGGGUUGUACCUGGACAAGGACGGCUUUCCGCUGUACUUGCUCACACCUGUGGAUGAGCUAUACAGCGAUGGCUGCCACUGGGGACGCGGCUGGACACUCAUGCAGCCGGUCAAGCGAACAGCAAUGCACUUUGUAACGUAGUAACUGUUGGUUACGCUAGGAAAAGGCCGGGCGGGCGCUUUAUGAUUGCAAAGGAUAUUCACACGGGUGGAAUUUGUUGCCUUUUGCCCAAUGCGAGCUUUGUGAUCGCGUAAUCAUUAGUCGCGUCACAGUCUCUCUCUAUCUCUCUCUCUCUCUCUCUCUCUCUCUCUCUCUCUCUCUCUCUCUCUUUCCCUCCCUCCCUCUCUCCGUCGCCCCAUCGGAGUAGCUCUGUAUCGCAGCAGUCAUGAUAGACACCAGGGAAUUGUAAAGGGUCUAACACGCGUGACAACGCCCUGGUGGACACUUGAACAGUCUUGUGGAAGUCUUACAAGCAGGUGGAACAGUAUUUUUCUUGCAACUGAGUUCACGCUUGCACGGUCAUCAGGCAUUAAAGCACAUCACCUAGUCUUAGGCCAGUGGGUAGUGAAUCUUCUCCCUGAUCUGUUCCUGAGCUUUUAGCGCCAGGCCCAGCACCAGCAACCAGCAUGCUAACACUGUAGUCUACAUGUCACAGGAGUAGAUCUACUACAUGACUGAUGAUUGUAGACUACACUCAGUAAUAAUAAUUAUUAUUGUACUGAAGUAUUAGAUAAACCUUGUUUGUUCAAACAAGGUUCAGAUUGUCGCAACC